CGGGAAAUGUCAGUUACACACGCUAGACAUAUGGUAGGGGUGUGCUGGAACCAAGGUGCAUGUUCAACUUGUAAGGGCGUCAAGGAAAUGAACAUGUUUCGUUGAAGUUAAGGCAUCUUGGAUUUCACACUGGAACAUGCUUACGGGGAAAUAACACAGAGAAACACGGUAUCAGAGGGAAAACUCAGUUAUUUUACUAGUCACAAGAAAUUAUUUUUUAGUGAACGUAGAUCUAAAAUGCCAUUCGUCAAACUGCAGGAGCGUGUCGUGACCUUGAUCAGCAAGGGAUGCCAGCAGAGAGGAGAGAGGGACAUAGAUAUGGUGUUGCCAUGGUUACGUAAAAAAAGCGAGCUUCUUCAAGGACUUGAUACAGUUGUGCUGAAGGAUGUGAUCAGGAACUGCAGCUACCGCCACUCCACCGUGGACGACGUCCUCAUCAGACAGGGCGACAAGGGCGACUGUUUCUUCAUCAUGUUGUCCGGUCGUACCUCCGUCUACAUCGACACGAUCCGAUCUGACGACGAUGAUCCCUAUCAUCUUAGCCCAGUGAAAGACGAGGACGUCGGCCUAGAUGUCACCCUCGGCACACACGGAAAGCGAAGGAAACCUUUAGACCGGACAACAUAUGGGAAGUUCAUAAUGCACUUUGAUGCAGGUAAGAGUUUUGGAGAGAUUGCCCUGAUUAGCGAGGAUGCUGUCCGUAACGCCACCAUCAUCACCGACUAUGAGACUGACCUCCUUGUCAUCUCCAGGGACCUCUUCAACAGAUCGGUCAAGGCGAAGCAGGAGGAGGAGUACCGAGAGCGGAGGUCGUUUGUGGACACGUACCCCCUCUUCUCCAACUGGUCGCCCAGACUCAGGAGACUCUGCGAGAUGAGUCUCAGGAAGGAGACACACCCCUACGGCUCCGUCAUAGCCACUCAGGGACACCCCUCAACGGGGCUGAUCUUCAUAAUGAGCGGUCAAGCCAAACUGGUCAUGGAGCCGGCAAAGCACGUCACCCAGUACGCCAAGAUCAUGAGGCCCCAGAAUGCAGCGAUAUACAAACAGUACAAGACUGUAAAUGCAGACGGUUCAGUGAGUAAAGAAAGUGUGACGUCAGACCACAUCCGAGUCCGCCGGAAGGAGGGGUACGCGGCUGCCGAGAGACGGGUCAUGUCCAGAUAUGUAAACGUGUGCUGCGUCGAGGAAAACGAGAUUGUUGGUGAUAUAGAGAUGAGCCUUGAGCUGGACACAAACAUUGGGACUCUCAUCUCCACAGAGAACACCGAUGUCUUCAUACUGAACAGCAAGAACUAUGAGCGUCUGGUACAGAAGAAGAACCCACACACUGCGGAGAUGUUAAAGGUGGAGGCGUACCGGAAAGUGUGCGGCCGACUGUGUACCACUACGGGGGCACAAAUACCGCUCCUCAAGAAGCUUCAGGGUGUCCUCAAGGACAUGCUGCCACAUCCUGAACUCUACCUCAGAAGAGGUGAACAUUACCACAGGAGCAAGGAGUUGAUACACCUCAUAGACAUGUUCCUGCAGGAUAGGAGUCCGCUUAUCCAACCACUUUUACCUGAUGCUUUAUACUACAAGCAACGCUCGGCUGAGAAGGCCAAAAAGAUUGUCGCAAAUGCUUCGCGAUUUCAGAGAUUCAAUGAUCCACGCGAGAAACGGACUAAGAUGCCAAGAAGUUUGGAUAAGUUGAGGAACAACAUCGAAGCUGAGAAUGAACUGUUAGGUUACAGACCUUUAUCAACAGCAAGCGUUGCUGUGGGUGAUGGAGGGGUUUUGAGACCUCUGUCGUCUGCUCUUACUCCGUCUGGAGGAAAGGGUUCACCGUCUGUCAGACCGCCAACAGCUGCGGGUUCUGUGACGGUAACAAGAUGUGACUUCGAGUAUGAAUUUGGGCAGGGGUCGAGAAAGGAAGAGGCUCCAAACCGUGAUCUGGUUGUCGGGAUUUAUGAAGAGAUGGAACAGUUUCAGAAGGACAAGAAGGAGGAGAGGUCCAGGGUCAUCUGUUCGGGAGUGAGGAAGAAGAAGGAGAACAAGAGGCCUGAGGUGGAGUGUGAUGACGAGGAAUACUUUGACUGGGAAACGAGUGACUCUAACCUGUGUGUCCUCGAGAACAGGAUCAAGACAUUCUGUGAUCAGGGAACACAAUCACUGUCAAGAGAUAGGAACCGUGUUGCAGAAUUAAGGAGAUUUGAAAUUGAGCGUCCCCAAUACGUGCCUAUCCCUGGAGGGUCAGUGUUUGUCCACAGACGGCCGUGUCAGUACCCUGUCAACACGCCCGUCAACCCCGCGCUACACCAGCAUGUCAGGCGUUUCAUGUUGUCCCGACGGAGGCAUCACAUAGGCACAGACACCGUGUGUUUCAGUGACUCCAGGCCUCUCUCUAGCAGACUGCGUGCUGGGUUUUGACAUUGAGUGUCAUGUCAAAACACAUGUGUGACUGCUAACCCUGCGAAAGAAAGUAUGCCAAACCAUACCUGCAGCUUGACGAAAAGACAAGAAGAUAUUCCAAAUGUAGCGUUGUACUCACGAAUUAAGCAAAUCGACGGCAA